AAAUUAAGUAAGGAAAUACCGUUUAAUAAAAACUUGGAGACUCCCUUCAAAAAAAAAACUUGGAGACUCCCUUCAAAAAAACAUACUUGGAGACUGAGGCAUGGUCUGGAGCAUCACCAUCACCGAGUUUUGAUCCUUCGGCUUCAUCACAUGUAAACGCAGUUUCGAGUUAACGGCGGCGGCGGUCCUAGCAAUCUAGGGUUUUCGGCGGGCGGCGCUAUAUCUUUCUUGGCACUUCAGUGUCUUGGAGUUUUGCUAGUUUUCCUCAUCUGAAGCACAGGAUGGGGCGCGGGAGUAUUCGGGCUCGAAGGAUCUUGGCGAAUUUCAACUGCAGCACAGGGGAGAUGAUAGGGAUCUGGAGACUGUUCGCGUUUGGACUGGCGGUGCUAGUGCGGUACUUUGGCCAAGAAAUGGAGGGUUCAACUACCUUUGAUAUUGUUAGUGGGGGACGGAUCUAUUUGUCCAUCAAUAGCUGCAUUAAGCCCGUGUGGUGGUUAGCGAUUCGUUUUGCUCCUUUAGGGAUGAUCGUUUCAAUGUCUAAUCGUAGGGCUAAUAGUAGUAAUUGGAAGGUGAAGGUUUUUGUCAGUUCUGGCUGGUCAUUUUGAGAUUGAUGUAACGAUCGUGAUUCUAAUUAUAUCAAUAUACUCCCUCCG